AUGAAACCUCAUCAUCAUCAUUUCACUUUCUUUUUCAUUCUAUCAACAGUGUCUCUAUUCCCCACUUCCAAAGCUACCAACACAACUCAAUUCCAAAUAUACAAUGAAACAAGAAGGAUUCUCCACCAGCCUUUGUUCCCGGAGGUUUCAGCUCCGCCGCCGGUCACCCCACCCCCGCCUCCGCCUCCGGAUAUUCCUUCUUCUCCCGACAUUCCUUUCUUCAAUGAGUAUCCCGCGGGGCAGCCACCGCCGCUGCAGAACCUGCCUCCGGCGACGACCUCCGGCGCCGUAAUCGCGAACCCGACGGCGACGCAGCCCACGAAGCCGGCGAAGAAGGUGGCAAUCGCUAUCUCCGUGGGAAUCGUGACGCUGGGAAUGUUCUCCGCAUUGGGCUUCUUCUUGUACAGGCACAGAGCAAAACACCCAAUGGAAACUCAGAAACUCGUUUCUCGGAGGGUUCUACAAGAUUCUCCGCGGGCCCCACCACCCUCUAGCUUCCUCUACAUUGGGACUGUGGAGCCCGCCAGAACGUCGCUCAGCGAACCCAACGGAACGAACAUUAGCACUUCGCCUUAUCGAAAGCUUGAUUCUAUUAAGCUGAACUCCGAUCACCGUUACCGCCCCAGUCCCGAGUUACAACCACUGCCGCCGCCGCCACCUCAUAAGCUGCCGGACGAAAGUCAAUCGCCGCCGGCGGGAUUCUCCGACUCGUCAUCUUCGGAGGAGGAAAGCUGUGAGACCGCGUUUCAUUCGCCGCACGGCUCGUCGCUCAGCCGUGAAGAGAACUAUUUCACGCCCGUAUCGCGUCACAGUAGUCUCGCCGCUGCCGUACCGGUGGCGGCUGCUCCCGUGGUUCCUUACUCGAAGAGAACUUCACCGAAAUCCCGGUUCUCGGCUCCUUCGCCGGAUAUCAGUAACAUGUUUGUACCGUCGAUGAAGCAUUCUCCGGCCACGGCACCGGCACCGGCAUCACCAACUUCAACCAAUUAUCCGCAAAUAGAAAAAGUAAUUACCUUGGGUCCUUCUAGAAGACCGAAAUUCUCAUCGCCUCCCCCAGCACCGAAUUUGACUCAUAUUAUUAAGCCUGCUCCUCCUCCUCCUCCUCCCCCGCCCCCGCCGCUGCCAGCGUCGUGGAAGGGUUGGUCUCCGUCAAUUAGUGCAUCUUCGUCUGCUGUGUCAAGGAAGCAGCGAGAGUCUUGGUCUCCAAAUGAAGGAGGGUCUUCUUCUAAGAGUGUUAGUGAAAGGAAAGGCUCUUCUGAGGAAGUUGACAAAAGACACGGAGGUGAUGACGUGGAUGGAACGAAACCCAAGUUGAAGGCUCUGCAUUGGGAUAAAGUGUGUGCUACUUCUGACCGUGCCACUGUGUGGGACCAACUAAAAUCCAGCACGUUUCAGUUAAACGAGGACAUGAUGGAGACCCUGUUUGGCUGCAAAUCCACACCUUCUGCUUUUAAAGAGACUGUUACUAGAAGAUCAGUUCUCCCCCCUGUUGAACUCGAGAAUAGGGUGUUAGAUCCCAAGAAAUCCCAAAACAUAGCUAUACUACUAAGGGCACUCAAUGUCACAAGAGAUGAGGUGUGCGAAGCUCUUUUGGAUGGGAACCCUGAAGGUCUGGGAACUGAGCUAUUGGAGACUCUAGUGAAGAUGGCUCUAACAAAGGAGGAGGAAAUAAAACUUAAAAAUUAUGACGGUGACCUAUCAAGACUUGGUUCUGCAGAAAGAUUUCUUAAAGCAGUGCUUGAUAUUCCUUUAGCUUUUAAAAGAAUUGAAGCCAUGCUGUACAGGGCUAAUUUCGAAACAGAAGUUAACUACCUUAGGAAGUCCUUUCAGACACUGGAGGCAGCAAGUGAGGAAUUAAAGAACAGUCGGUUAUUCCUCAAACUUCUUGAAGCUGUUCUAAGGACAGGAAACAGAAUGAAUGUUGGCACCAAUCGAGGUGAUGCUAAAUCUUUCAAACUGGACACACUUCUAAAACUUGUAGAUAUAAAGGGCACAGAUGGGAAGACAACACUUCUUCACUUUGUGGUCCAAGAGAUCAUUAGAUCUGAAGGAACAGGUGGUGAAUCUGCAAAUGAAAAUGUUCAAAACCAAACAAAUUCCCAAUUCAACGAGGACGAGUUCAGAAAGAAAGGAUUGCAGGUUGUGGCUGGACUGAGUAGAGACCUUAGUAAUGUCAAAAAGGCAGCAGGAAUGGACUCGGAUGUGUUAAGCAGCUAUGUCUCAAAGCUUGAAAUUGGGCUUGAUAAGGUGAGCUUAGUUUUGAAAUGUAGAAAGCCAGAUAUGCAUGGAAAUUUCUUUAACUCAACCGGGCUAUUUUUGAAAGAUGCUGAAGAGGAAAUUAUUAGGACCAAGGCUGAUGAGAGAAAGGCCUUGUUCCUAGUGAAAGAAGUUACAGAAUACUUUCAUGGUGAUGCAGCAAAGGAAGAAGCGCACCCUUUCAGAAUUUUUAUGAUUGUGAGAGACUUUUUAAAUAGUUUGGAUCAAGUCUGCAAAGAAGUGGGAAGAAUGCAGGAUAGAACUGUGAUUGGUUCAGCUAGAUCCUUCAGGAUAGCCGCAAGUGCAUCAUUGCCUGUUCUCAACAGGUACCGUGCAAGACAAGAUAGAAGUUCAGAUGAGGAAAGCUUAUCCCCCUAG